GCAGAGGUAGAUGUGUUGUAGCUCCCGGGGAGAGUUCUUUUUUCAUCGCGGCGAGUGAAAGCAAAGAUUAUAGAGCAGAGCUCUUUGAGUAAAAGGAAGCAUUUGUUCACAGUCUCUACACGGCCGCGAUGGAAGACAGUGGGAAGCAAGUCAUUAAUUUUGCUGCUGGACCUUCCAAGCUCCCGCGAGCGGUCUUGCUUCAAGCACAGAAAGAACUGCUGGAUUACAAAGGACUUGGAAUUAGUGUUCUAGAAAUGAGCCACAGAUCAGCGGACUUUGUCAAAAUUAUCAACACUGCAGAAAAUGACUUGAGAGAACUACUAAAAAUCCCUGAAAACUACAAGGUGAUCUUUCUCCAGGGAGGUGGAACUGGUCAGUUCAGCGCUGUGCCCUUAAAUCUUAUUGGAUUGAAAGAAGAGAAGUGUGCAGAUUAUGUGGUUACUGGAGCCUGGUCUGCUAAUGCAGCCAAAGAAGCAGAGAAAUAUGGAAAAGUGAACAUUGUCCAUUCCAAGCUUGAAGCCUACACAAAAAUCCCUAAUCCAAAUAGUUGGAAUUUGAACCCAAACGCCUCUUACGUUUACUAUUGUGCCAAUGAGACUGUUCAUGGUGUGGAGUUCCCUUUUAUCCCAGACACUAAGGGAACAGUCCUGGUUUGUGACAUGUCAUCAAGUUUUCUUUCUAAGUCAGUGGACGUCACCAAGUUUGGUUUGAUUUUUGCUGGUGCUCAGAAGAAUAUUGGCUGUGCUGGGGUCACUGUGGUGAUAAUCAAAGAGGAUCUUCUGGGACAUGCACUGAAAGAAUGUCCAAUAAUUUUUGACUAUAAAGUGCAAGGGAGUUACAAUUCUCUGUACAACACUCCAACAAGCUACAGCAUUUACAUUAUGGGAUUGGUCUUGCAAUGGAUUAAGAAUUGUGGGGGUGCUGAAGUAAUGGAGCAGAACAGUGCUGCCAAAUCAAAGCUGAUUUAUGAUUUAAUUGAUGGAUCCAAUGGAUUCUAUGUAUGUUUGGCUGCUUCAGAGUGCAGAAGCAGAAUGAACAUUCCAUUUCACAUUGGGAAUGUGAAUGGGGACACUGUUCUUGAAACAAAGUUUCUUGACAAAGCGGUUAAGAAUAACAUGAUAUCAUUAAAAGGCCACAGGUCUGUUGGUGGAAUUCGAGUCUCCCUGUAUAAUGCUGUGACAAUUGAAGAAACUCAAAAACUGGUUCACUUUAUGAUCAACUUUAUGAAGGAACAUUGUGUUUAAAACAAAAUCUUUUCUUUCUCCAAGUACCAGGCACUAGUUUAAAUUAUGCCAUUAUGCCUUCAUUUCUAGAAGUAUAGGCUUGUAGAUGUUUGUGUUUUGAGAUACUUGGGUGAAUCUUUAAUGCAGUGCCUGUACACCACAAGUUUUCUCAGCGCUGAUUGCUGGUGGAUCAUUAACACGCAAUACUUGUUUUCUUUGCUUUCCAAGAAUGAACUGUAACUGAUGGCAGCUGUGCUCAUGCAUUAGCCAAGAAUCGGGAUCUUAGUCUAUAGCUCAUCUUUUCCUUUUCUGCUUUCUCUCUUUAAUUCAAACUUUUUUUGAUGUUAGACGUUUAACUGAAUUGUGCCUAUUGAACUCUAUGGAAGAGUAUAAUGUAAUAUUGAGCAGUAAUUGCACAACUUGUAAAUAGUAUAAACUGGACAUGGAACAAUGUCGCUAAUUUUGUAUGGGGGGAAAUGGAAAAAAUAACUUGACGGUUGACACAAGCCAAAUGUAACAAAUACAAAUAAAGAUGAAGCAAACUUA